AUGCCAGACUCGACAACUUCGACGCUGUUUGCCUGCGCGCUGGACGUGCUGACUACGGGCGAUGCGUUCGCCAAGACUGAGAAAACGACCAAGUAUGUCGCUCAAUGGAAGAGUGGCGAGAUCGAGGCUAUCUGCAACGAAGACGAUGACGUGAACAAUGUGCCUGACCAUCCAGCACGGCCUGAGAAUGUGGUGGUGGUUCCAGCUCACAAGGCGAAGCAGGGAUCUCGCAAGGCCUUCGUGCACAGCCUGGCGCACGCUGAGAGCUACGCGAUUGAUCUUAUGUGGGACAUGGUGGCUCGAUUUGUGCCGCAUAACUUGCCACGUGCGUUCUAUGAUGACUGGGUACGCGUUGCUGGCGAGGAAGCAGAGCACUUCAGCAGUUGGGCACACCGGCUUACGGAGCUGGGUAGUUUCUAUGGCGAUCUUACAGGCCAUGAGGGUCUCUGGGAUGCUGCGUACGAUACUCGUGAAAGCAUUCUGGCACGCUUGGCAGUCGUCCACCUUGUUCAUGAGGCACGCGGUCUUGAUGUGUUCCCGAAUGCAGUCCAGCGAUUCGAGAAAGCCAGCGACGACGUGAGUUUGAAAAUUAUCCACAAGAACUACAACGAAGAAACUACACAUGUUGGUGCCGGCGUGCGUUGGUUCCGAUACGUCUGCGAGCGCGAUGGCAUCGAUCCAAUUGCCAAGUUCCACGAGAUUGUACCGCAGUACUACAAGGGAAUGCUAAAACCGCCUUUUAACAAGGAGGCGCGCGACAAGGCUGGUAUGUUGGAGGAAUGGUAUCUCCCCCUCAGCACUGAGGCUGGUGCUGUCCCGAGGAAGCAGUCUGCUGGCGCUGCGACUAUUGACGAGGCUGCUGUUGCAAUGUCAUCGAUGAAACUGGAAGGGGCUUCAUCAUAG